AUCCAGGGAGAGAGAGAGAGAGAGAGAGAGCAGUAAUGGCGGCCGGUUAGAGCCACACACAAACACCGCGUCCGCAAUCAGCCCCAUUCACCGCAGCCCUCCGGGGGGCAGCCAGCCUCGCACACCGCGGUGGAGCCAGCGUGACAGACACGGAGCGGAGACCCGGGCUUUAGGAAGGGGGACGGGAAUCAUUCAGCGGAGCGCGGCUGCUUCUUGUUUCCUUCUACUUUUCUAAAAAAAAACAAAAAAAAAAACAAAAAAAAAAAACAUGGAUGAGCAGCCCGGAGGAGGAGGGGUCGGAGCCCCGAGACAGCCUCCGCAGCAGCAGCAAGGGAGCAACAGCAGCGGCGCUAAUCCCUCGAUCGGAGGUGGAGGUGGAGGAAUCAUGGUGCCGCACCAACAAGACGAGCUGCCCCGGCCCCAGCAGCAGUACACCAUCCCCGGCAUCCUGCACUACAUCCAGCACGAGUGGGCCCGGUUCGAGAUGGAGCGAGCGCACUGGGAAGUGGAGAGGGCCGAGCUCCAGGCGAGGAUAGCGUUCCUGCAGGGCGAGAGGAAAGGUCAGGAGAACCUGAAGAACGACCUGGUUAGAAGAAUAAAAAUGUUAGAAUACGCUUUAAAACAGGAAAGAGCUAAAUACCACAAGUUAAAAUAUGGAACGGAGUUAAACCAAGGAGAGAUGAAGAUGCCAAGCUUUGAAUCAGAAACCAAAGACUCUGAGGUCUCCGCUGUUCCUGCCAACAGUCAGCUCACCUGGAAACAAGGAAGACAACUACUCAGACAGUACCUGCAGGAAGUAGGAUACACAGACACCAUCCUGGACGUCCGCACUCAAAGGGUCCGCUCUCUGCUCGGCCUGUCGGGCUCCGAGCAGAACGGUUCUGUGGAGAACAAGAACCUGCAGCACCUGAUCAACGGGACAGAGCGCCGCAAGGACAGCAAGAGGAGUCCAGGAGACGUUCUGGAGACGUUCAACUUCCUGGAGAACGCAGAGGACAGCGACGAAGACGAGGAUGAAGAGGGAGACCUGAUGGACGACAUCAGCACCGACAAACAUCACCGAGCCAAGAAACACAAGACCAAGGUGGGGAACGAGGGCUUGGCGUCGGAGGACGACGCCGACACGGAGGAGGCUCUGAAGGAGUUUGACUUCCUGGUGACGGCCGAGGACGGCGAGGGAGCCGGCGAGGCUCGGAGCUCCGGAGACGGGACGGAGUGGGCGGAGCCUCUCCCGUUCGCCCCCGGCGGGGGGAAGUCCUUCCUGUUGGGCAGCUCAGACGACGUGUUGGAGAGCGUGCUCGGUCUGGGUGACCUCGCCGACCUCACAGUCACCAACGACGAAACCGACUACAGCUACGACCUGCCGUCCAAUAAGGAGUCUUCGUUCAGGAAGACGUGGAACCCCAAGUACACGCUGCGGAGCCACUUCGACGGCGUGCGAGCGCUGGCCUUCCACCCCGUGGAGCCGUGUCUGGUCACCGUGUCCGAGGACCACACCCUCAAACUCUGGAACCUCACCAAGACCGUCCCUGCCAAAAAAAGUGCCUCUUUUGAUGUGGAGCCCGUCUAUACAUUCAGAGCCCAUGUUGGUCCGGUGUUGUCGUUGACGAUGACCUCCAGCGGUGAACAGUGUUUCAGCGGAGGCAUCGACUCCACCAUCCAGUGGUGGAACAUCCCCAGCUCUAAUGUUGACCCUUAUGACACAUACGGUACACACACACACACACACACACACACACAUACACACACACACUAUACUUUGUCAUUUCCAACCUGUGUGUGUGUGUGUGUGUGUCUGUGUCUGUGUGUGUGUGUGUGUGUGUGUGUGUGUGUGUGUGUGUGUGUGUGUGUUUUAGAGCACGGGAUCCCGACAUCGGUGGACUUCAACGGGUGCGACCCAGCCCACAUGGUGGCGUCGUUUAACAGCGGAGACGUGGUGAUCUACGACCUGGAGACCUCCCAGAAUGCAUUGGUGCUGAAGGGCCAGGGAGAAGGCACCCUCCCCGGGUCAAACCACAUCAACAAAGUGGUCAGCCAUCCCACGCUGCCGGUCACCAUCACCGCCCACGAAGACCGACAGAUCAAGUUCUACGAUAACAAGUCAGGUAAAGUGAUCCAUGCCAUGGUGGCUCACCUGGACGCAGUGACCAGUCUGGCUGUGGAUCCUAACGGCAUCUACCUGAUGUCUGGAAGCCAUGACUGCUCCCUGCGGCUGUGGAACCUGGACAGUAAGACGUGCGUUCAGGAGAUCACCGCUCACCGGAAGAAGAGCGAGGAGGCCAUCGACGUGGCCUUCCACCCCUCCAAGGCCUACAUCGCCUCGGCCGGCGCCGACGCGCUCGCCAGGGUCUACGUGUAGAAGAAGAAGAG